GCGAGCUAGCGCGCGGACGGACGGACGGACAGACGGAGUGGCAGGAGCGGGCGAGUGGAGACCACCGAGGAGACCAUCAAGGGAUAUCACCAGACCUUAUCGGCCGCUAACGCGAUGGAGGAGAAAAGCGAACAGAGGGAGGCGACGGCGGGGCUGCAGCUCGAGAAGAACGGGGACAUCAGUGUGAAAAAUGGUAAAGAAAAUGGUAAAGAAAAGCCUCCCAAGAAGAUGCCGAUGGUCAGUCCACUUGCCAUGUUCCGUUUCGCAGAAGGCUGGGAUGUGAUCUUGCUGAUCGUCGGAUCGGUGAUGGCCAUAGCCAACGGGGCGGUCCUGCCUGCCAUGAUUAUGGUCUUCGGGGACAUGACGGACAGCUUCCUGGAGGACGCCACCGGACAGCUCAGCAAUUCGACAAGUUUGGGGGACCAGAUGUCCAGGUAUGCCAUCUUCUACUCGGUGAUGGGGGUCAUCGUGCUGGUCGCCGCCUACCUGCAGGUGGCCCUGUGGACGCUUGCUGCGGGGCGGCAGAUAAAAAGGAUCCGAAAGAAGUUCUUCCACGCCAUCAUCCAUCAGGAGAUCGGGUGGUUCGACGUCAAUGAGGCCGGAGAGCUGAACACGCGUCUCACCGACGAUGUCUUCAAAAUUAACGAGGGCAUCGGGGACAAGCUGGGAAUGCUCAUUCAGUCUCUGAGCACGUUCAUCACUGGGUUUGUGAUCGGAUUCAUAAUGGGUUGGAAGCUCACCCUGGUCAUCUUGGCCAUCAGCCCUGUGUUGGGGGUCUCCGCAGCCAUGUUUUCCAAGGUCAUGACCUCGUUCACCUCCAAGGAGCAGACUGCCUACGCCAAGGCCGGGGCGGUGGCCGAGGAGGUGCUGUCAGCCAUGAGGACCGUGGUCGCUUUUGGCGGUCAGAAGAAAGAGCUAAAGAGGUACCACAAGAACUUGGAGGACGCUAAGAACGUGGGCGUGAAGAAAGCAAUCACAGCGAACAUAGCGAUGGGCUUCACCUUCCUCAUGAUCUACCUGUCGUACGCCCUCGCCUUCUGGUACGGCAGCACCCUCAUCCUGGCCAAGGAGUACACCAUCGGGGAUGUGCUAACGGUCUUCUUUGCCGUUAUCAUUGGUGCCUUCGCCUUGGGUCAGACGUCUCCGAACAUGCAGGCGUUCGCCAACGCAAGAGGCGCCGCACACAAAGUAUACAACAUUAUUGACAGUAAACCCCACAUCAACAGCUUCUCCAAAGAUGGAUAUGAGCCUGACAUGAUCAAAGGCAACAUUGAGUUCCUUAACAUCCAUUUCCAGUAUCCAUCACGACCGGAUGUCCAGGUGCUGAAGAGUAUGAACCUGCGGGUGAACAGCGGACAGACCAUGGCCCUGGUGGGCAGCAGCGGCUGUGGAAAGAGCACCACCGUCCAGCUCCUGCAGAGGUUCUACGACCCACAGGAGGGCACGAUCAGCAUUGACGGCCACGACAUCCGGACGCUCAACGUCACCUACCUGAGGAGGAUGAUCGGGGUGGUGAGCCAGGAGCCGGUGUUGUUCGCCACCACCAUCGCAGAGAACAUCCGCUACGGCCGGGAAGACGUGACCCAGCAGGAGAUUGAGAUGGCCGCUCAGGAGGCCAACGCCUACGAUUUCAUCAUGCAACUCCCCGACAAAUUUGAAACGCUGGUUGGGGACCGAGGCACUCAGCUGAGUGGAGGACAGAAGCAGAGAAUCGCCAUCGCUCGCGCCCUUGUCCGCAAUCCCAAGAUCCUCCUGCUGGAUGAGGCCACGUCCGCCCUAGACGCUGAGAGUGAGACCAUCGUGCAGUUGGCGCUGGACAAGGUGAGGCAAGGACGGACCACCAUCGUGGUAGCCCACCGCCUCUCGACAAUCCGCAACGCAGACCUCAUCGCCGGCUUCCAGAACGGACAGGUUGUGGAGCUGGGGACUCACGGCGAGCUCAUGGCCAGGAAGGGCAUCUACCACUCCCUGGUUACCAUGCAGACGUUCAAGAGCACCGAGACUGAAAGCAAAUCCAUGGAGGAGGCCGUUUUUGACGAGAAAAGUCCAUCUGUGACGUCUCUGUCGGAGAGCACCCUCUUCCAGAAGAAGCCCACCAGUCAGAUGAAGCCGGCAGAGGAGGAGGACAAUAAGGACAAGGAAGAGGAGGACAAGCCACCACCUGUGUCCUUCCUGAAAGUGCUGCGGUUGAACCUGCCCGAGUGGCCCUACAUAGUGGUCGGUCUCUUCUGUGCCAUCUGCAACGGUGCCAUCCAGCCUGCCUUUGCAAUUGUGUUCUCCAAGAUCAUUGCGGUGUUUGCAGAUCCGGAUGACGAUGCUGUCAGGCAGAAGUCCACCUUCUUCUCCCUGAUGUUUGUAACAAUCGGAGUGGUCUCCUUCGUCACCCUGUUUCUCCAGGGGUUCUGUUUCGGGAAAGCUGGAGAGAUCCUCACCAUGAGGUUGAGGUACAUGGCCUUCAAAGCAAUGCUGAGACAGGAAGUGGGCUGGUUUGAUGACUGCAAGAACAGCGUCGGAGCCCUGACCACCAGACUGGCGACGGAUGCAGCCCAAGUUCAGGGUGCAACGGGUGUGCGGAUGGCCACCCUGGCCCAGAACGUGGCAAAUCUGGGCACCUCCAUCAUCAUCGCCUUUGUCUACGGCUGGCAACUCACUCUGCUCAUCCUGGCUGUGGUGCCUUUCCUGGCCAUCGCUGGUGCCGUGCAGAUGAAGAUGCUGGCCGGCCACGCAGCCAAGGACAAGAAGGAGCUAGAAGUGGCGGGGAAGAUCGCUACGGAAGCCAUCGAAAACAUCCGCACCGUUGUGUCGCUGACACGCGAGAAGAAGUUUGAGAACCUCUACCAGGAGAACCUGAUCGUGCCGUACAAGAACUCCAAAAAAAAGGCUCAUGUCUAUGGACUGACUUUCGCACUCUCUCAGGCAGUCGUCUACUUCGCCUAUGCCGGCUGCUUCCGAUUUGGCGCGUGGCUCAUAGAACAAAAUGAGAUGGACUUUGAAGGGGUUUUUCUGGUCAUCUCGGCUGUGCUGUACGGAGCGCUGGCUGUGGGAGAGGCCAACUCCUUCACUCCGAACUACGCCAAAGCCAAGGUCUCGGCCUCCCACCUCUUCAUGCUGCUGAACCGCGAGCCGGUCAUCGACAACGAGUCGGAGGAAGGGGACAAGCCGAGCCAGUUCGAGGGGAACGUCAGGUUCCGAAACGUGCUCUUCCACUACCCGUCGCGGCCCGAGGUGCCCAUCCUGCAGGGGCUCAACCUGCAGGUGAAGAAGGGCCAGACACUUGCACUGGUAGGGGGCAGCGGCUGCGGAAAGAGCACUACCAUCCAGCUGCUGGAGCGCCUGUAUGACCCGCUGGAGGGCUGCGUGGCGUUGGACGAACGUGAUGCCAAAGAGCUCAACAUCCACUGGUUGCGGGCGCAGAUGGGCAUCGUGUCCCAGGAGCCCGUGCUCUUCGACUGCAGCCUGGCUGAGAACAUCGCCUACGGGGACAACAGCCGCGACGUGUCGUCCGAGGAGAUCGUGGCAGCGGCGAAGGCAGCCAAUAUCCACUCCUUCAUUGAUGGGUUGCCCGACAAGUACAACACACAGGCUGGGGACAAAGGGACACAGCUCUCCGGAGGCCAGAAGCAGAGGGUGGCCAUCGCCCGCGCCAUCCUGCGCAACCCCAAACUGCUGCUGCUGGACGAGGCGACAUCAGCCCUGGACACGGAGAGCGAGAAGAUCGUGCAGGAUGCGCUGGAUAAGGCGCGCGAGGGUCGCACCUGCAUCGUGGUGGCCCACCGCCUCUCGACCAUCCAGAACGCUGACCGCAUCGCCGUCUUCAAGGAUGGCGUCGUGGCGGAGUUGGGAACUCACCAGCAGCUCCUGGCCAAGCAGGGCGUGUACUACAGCCUGGUCACCACGCAGAUGGGGCACGGCGGCAAGUAGCUGCCCAGCCUGCCCCCACCCCGCAGCCGGGAUAGAGAGAGGUGCUCGGAGGACACUGCAAACAAUACUUAUUUACUCUCAGUCGCUUCAGAGCCCCGUGGUGGAAAAGGGCGAUACGGUUAAGAGGUCCAGGGCUCCCUCUCCACCAAAGAAGUUCAAAACUAAAUGCAGUAACUGCAGUCCAUGUUCCUGGAAUCUCCCAAGUUCUUAAUUUGCAUUUGAUUAAACACUGCAAGGUUUUGCUUAAUGUACUGAAGGUAAGGCAAAAUUAAUUUUAGAAAUUUUCAAUCAACCCCUCACUCUCCCAUUCAGAGCCAAAAAGUUGUAUGGAAACCACAUGGUUGAUAUAAAGGAAAUAAAAGGGUGUGUGUUGACUGUUGUGGCUUCCCAUUGGUCAGCCCGUGCUGUAUAGGGGCAGGCAAAGACCACUGGGUGUAGAGACUGGCCCUCCUGUAUCUAAUGUGUAUUUAUACUUAGCAAGUAAUGUUCUUUGAGAAGCACUAACUGAUUAACCAUGUUUUGUUACAGGUUCUGUUCAUGUUUUGAAUAAACAUUUUUUUCCAUUGCA